GGAUACUCGCCCGAAAACUGGAGUAGUUUGAUUGGCAUCGUGACGGCGAUUGUGGGGAAUGUGCUAAUUAGUUUUGCGUUGAAUCUUCAGCGGUAUGCGCAUAUUCGGAUUGGGAGGGAGUGGAAGCGAAGGAAGGAGGAGGAGACGAGGAGGAGGAAGGAGAUGGAUAAGAAGAAGAGGAGUGGGAGGGGAAGAGGACAGCAGAAUGAGCGGGACGGAGAGGUCGAUGGGGACGUCGAAGUCGACAUCGACGCUACAGAAGACGACCCGUUACUCCCCGCCUCCCACCACGCCCGCUUUCGAAACAGAAGAACCGCGGAAUCAAACAACACCUCCUCCUCCUUAUCCUCCUCAUCCACUGUCGCAGCCACACAAGAAGCGUACAAGCAGAAAUCCUACCUCAAGUCCCCCUGGUGGUGGGCCGGCAUCAUUCUCAUGACGACCGGCGAAGCGGGGAACUUCCUCGCAUACGGGUUCGCUCCCGCCUCCAUUGUCUCUCCCCUCGGCGUCGUGGCGCUGAUAUCGAACUGCAUCAUUGCGCCCAUUAUGCUGAAGGAGGUCUUCCGCAAGCGCGAUGGCUUGGGGGUACUUGUCGCUGUUGGGGGAGCAGUCACGGUGGUUGCGUCGGCCAGCAGCGACAAUCCGAAACUGGGGCCCGAGGAUAUCUGGGGGCUGAUUACCACGUGGGAGUUUGAGACGUAUCUUGGGGUUACGGUGGGAGUGAUUGGGAUGUUGAUGGUGGCGAGCAAUCGGUUCGGGGAGAAGAAUAUCUUGAUCGAUUUGGGCUUGGUGGGACUGUUUGGAGGCUACACUGCCCUGUCAACUAAGGGCGUCGCAUCCAUGCUCUCCUACACCCUCUGGCACGCCCUCACCUUCCCUGUGACCUACCUCCUCGUCGCCAUCCUCAUUUUCACGGCAAUCAUGCAAAUCAAAUAUGUCAACCGGGCGCUACAACGGUUCGACGCCACGCAAGUCAUUCCCGUGCAAUUCGUCCUCUUCACUCUCUCCGUCAUCCUGGGCUCGGCAAUCCUCUACCGCGACUUUGAGCGCACGUCUGGGAAACAGGCAGGCAAGUUUGUAGGCGGCUGCGCAAUGACGUUCUUGGGUGUGUGGCUGAUUACGAGUGGGAGGCAUCAGCGGAGGGAAACCGAUGAGGAAGAAGCGAUUCAUCUGCACGACGGGGAGAGGUACCGGGACGAAGUGGACCAUGAGGUCGAGAAUGAAGCGGAACAUGGUGGUAGGAGAGACUCCUCUCCCGUGCGCCUCACUUGUUCGCCCCUUUUCGGGGAAGACCGCCAGAAGGAGCACGAUGCACAUGCCGCCUCCGAGCAGCCGCGAUUUGGAUCACCACCAACGCUCGCACGGCGCUCGAGGACCGAUCCUACACUGCCGCUCGCAGAUGCCAUGCUAUCCAACCCCUGGACCGAAGAAGCCGACUCUGCGGCUGCCCCAGCAACGACGACACAUCCACCUCACCCGCCGGUGCUGCGGUUUGCCUCCAGCCCGGUGUUUCCCGUCACCGCGUCACCAGCUGCGUUGCCCGCAGAGCAUCAUCCCGCUCCGGAGUCACAGCAUCCUCCCCUAAGACCAGGGACUCCUACCCGUGCACCCUCGGAACACCCCGCUGCAGCCCCAACUACACCCGGCCUUUCGGAACGCAAUCAAUCGCUCGUUCAACGGCUGGCGACGGCGACGCUGGGAGCAGGGACAAGGAAGAGUAUCUACGCAAUGGCUUCGCCGCACGGGCAUGGGCAGUUGCUGGCGAGUCCGCUGAGCUCGACGUUGAGCGCCGUGGUGGCGGAUCUGAAGAGGGGCGGUGGGGUGGGGAGUUUUAGGGGGAGGGCGCUGUUUCAGUCGCAGGAGCAGGAGCAGGAGCAGGGUGCGGGUGUAGUGGAGGGGGAGGGUGGGAAUGGACAUGCAGAUGGAGAUGGAGGUGGAGGUGGAGAUGGAGGGCCCGUGACGAGGAGCAGGAGUUUGAGCGAGACGCUGACGGAUUUCUGGAGGGGGAGGGGGAGGGGG